AUUUUUCUCAGCAAGCAUAUGAUAUUUUGAUGGAAGUGAAAUCAAAUAUCCUCCUGCAAUAUAAUGAAGAUGUGGCUUGGCUUUCCUUUUACUCCGAGAUGCUUCUAAUUAUUAAAGUUAUUUUAUAUUACAGUGUAGAGGAAAAUCUCAAUCCUAUGCCAAUUAUGUACCUAGAAGAGCUGUGUAAAUUUGGAUUAUACGUAAUUAAUGGACAACAAAACCACAUAUGCCUGUUAAAGAAAUAUAGCUGUGAAUACACGGAAAUAUUCGAAGAGAAGUAUUUGUUCUUAAAAUGGAAAGAGAGAAUUCAUUAUAUAAGUUCGUUACUUAAUAUGCCCACAUUCGAAGAACACAAAAGUAAGGAAAUCCAAGAUGAAGACUUACCCGGCUUGGUAAAAAUUAAACCAUAAAAUUUUUGGUGAAACAGUUAUACGCCGUAAAAGUGGUACCACUCUUUUUUAAAGUAUUGUGAUUUGUUUUGUUUUUCGGUUACAUUCAUAAUCCGGAAAUUCAAAAUCCAGACAUAUCAAAAUAAAGACAAAAUUUAAAAAUGCAGAAAAAUCAAAAUACAGACAAAUCAAAA